AUGUGGCCAGAGUGGUUGAAGUCGCCAACUAGGGUUCCGCCGCCGUCUUCGAAUUCGAAUUCGAUUUCUAUACCGGCGCACAAGAAGAAAUUCUCUUGCUCCUCCUUCAAGGACAUCCAAAACCUCAUCUCCGAGCCCGACCAUGGCGGCGAAUUCGGCAUCGGCUCCUCCGAUCCUCCUCCCAUUUCCUCUCCCCGAACGCCUUCAAUCUUCCACCGCGUCCGGAUCUCCACCUCCGUCCUCCGGUACCUCCGCAAAUCCCUCCCUCCCGCCCUCCCGCAGCCGCCUCAGCUGAAGGAGGCGCAGCCGGACUGCAUCGUCCUCUACUUCACCAGCCUCCGCGUCGUGCGGCGGACGUUCGAGGACUGCUACGCCGUCAGAUCGAUCCUCCGCGGGUUCCGAGUCCCGAUCGACGAGCGAGAUUUGUCGAUGGACGGGAAAUACCUAGGCGAGGUCCAGGAGAUCCUCGGAACCUCCGGUAAGGUGGCGCUGCCCGUGGUUCUUAUCGGCGGGAGAUGCAUCGUCGGGCUCGACGAGAUCAGAGAGCUCCACGAGAGCGGGGAAUUGAAGCAGAUCAUUGCAGGGCUGUUUCCGCCGACCGCCGUGGCGGCGUCGAACGAGUGCGAUCUGUGCGGAGGGCUGAGAUUCGUCCUGUGCGAGGAGUGCAGCGGCAGCCACAAGAUCUACUCGGAGAAGCACGGGUUCCGAAGCUGCACCGCGUGCAACGUCAACGGUUUGGUCCGCUGCCCGGAUUGCUACAAGCCUGCCCGCCGCCGCAUGUCCAUCGCGUAG